AUGAAAACAAACUCACAAAAGAUUAUCAGUGAAGAUGGAAAACGCAGGUAUGCUUGUACUGCACCUGGUUGCAAUAAAGUAUUCACUACAAGCGGUCAUUUGUCAAGACACAAUCGUAUUCACACAGGGGAAAAGAACUUUCCAUGUCUCUUCCCAGGCUGUCAAUCAAGGUUCUCUCGUCAGGAUAACAUGAUGCAG